GGGAGGUGUUCUGCCCACCUUGGAUGCUUGCUGCUCUAGGCCUCUUACAGCGCUCGCUCCGAGGUAACUUCGGGUUACCUUGGAAGGAGAGCGCGGGAAGGGCUUCAGUCCAGCCAGGGAAGAGGUCAGGAGCAGGCUCGUGUGGCCAGAAACCGCCCGCCUCCAUCCACCCAGCGGACCGAAGGCGAUGGGACAAGGCGCAGUCCCUGUCUGCCUCUUGUUCCCACCCUGUGACCAGUACCGGAUGAGGACAGAGCUCCGGAAGUCUUAGGGGCUUACUGGACCACCGACAAAGUCAGCCUGCAUCCCUUUGGGAAGCUGUAUGUGGAAACACGGAGGCAGUCAACGGCCGGACGAACCACCAUUUUCCUUACCUAGGCGACCACGUGACUAUCGACAUCAUCCCCAUGAGCAUUAAAAACUUGUCUGAACAGAGCUCCACAAAGAAUGGAAUAUAGAAAAAGAAGAAAAUUCAGCAAUGUCUCUUUUUAGCUGAAUUUUCCGUCUUGAGGACAGCAAGAGUCAGCUGAAAACUGAUGUCUUAACAAAAUGGCAUCUGGGAACAAGAGCAUCGAUGUGAAAAAAAACAGAGCAAGCAAAAGGCAGCUCCUAGAAGAGAUGAACGAGAAGCGUGAGUCCUACUGUCUGGUGGAGAGGAGCAAUCAAGUCAGCUUCCUGCGAGUCCAGAAGCGGCACUUCAGCCAGGCCUACCAGUCCUUAGCGAGUGUGCACAUCAAAGAGUCUGUUCCUGAAAGCAGCCGGACCUCCUGGGUCAAACAGCCUCUCUUUGUUCACAAGGAGAAAAAGCACUUUGCACCCAAAAAUAAUGCCAUAUUUGGAUAAAGUACAUGUCCAGAGACACACAAGUAAAUUCUCUCCCAUCAAUCUUCAAUGUCUGUGAAUUACUUAGAAAUACUAAUUAUAAAAGAAACUGA